AUGAGAUCUGGGACAGAGAGGAAUACUUUGACCUUGUUUUGGGGUCUGAUGAUGCUAUUUGUCUCCACUGUCUGCCUAUGGACCGCAAAUGGAGAAAUCUGUGGUCCAAGUAUUGACAUACGUAAUGACAUCAGUGAGUUCAAGCGUCUGGAGAACUGCACGGUGGUGGAGGGCUUCCUGCAGAUCCUCCUCAUCGGAGACAAGACCAACAACCUCAACCAGGAGCUCUUCCGCUCCCUCAGCUUCCCCAAGCUGACCGUCAUCACGGACUACCUGCUCCUGUUCCGCGUCUCCGGCCUGGACAGCCUCAGCACGCUCUUCCCCAACCUCAACGUCAUCCGCGGACGCAACCUCUUCUACAACUAUGCCCUGGUUAUCUUUGAGAUGACCAGUCUGAAGGACAUCGGCCUGUACAACCUGAGGAACAUCACGCGAGGGGCCAUCCGGAUCGAGAAGAACCCGGAGCUCUGCUACCUGGACUCUGUGGACUGGUCUCUCAUCAUGGACGCAGAGUUCAACAACUUCAUUGCGGGGAACAAGCAGUCCAAGGAGUGUGGUGAUGUGUGUCCAGGCAUCACGGAGGACAAUGCUCAGUGCAUCAAGACCAGCUUUAACGGCAACUUUAACUCUCGCUGCUGGACAUCCAACCACUGCCAGAAAGUGUGCCCAGAGAAGAAGUGUGAGCGGCGGGCAUGUACGGACGGUGGUGAGUGUUGCCAUGCCCAGUGCCUGGGAAGCUGUACGGAGCCGGACGACGACAUGGCCUGCGCAGCCUGCCUGCACUACUACCACGAGGGCCGCUGCGUGCAGGACUGCCCCCAAGACACUUACAAGUUUGAGGGCUGGCGCUGCAUUACCAUGGACCUGUGUGAACAUGUGCACCUGGCCGGUGACUUUCACUUUGUCAUCCACGGAGGGGAGUGCAUGCCUGAGUGUCCAUCAGGCUUCACACGCAAUGAGAGCAAUAAUAUGUUCUGCAGUGCCUGUGAUGGCUUGUGUGAUAAGAUCUGCGACUCCAAGACCAUCGACUCAGUGGAUUCUGCUCAGUCUCUAAUGGGCUGCACAGUCAUCAAAGGCAACCUGCAAAUCAACAUCCGCCGCGGCAAUAACAUCGCCUCAGAGCUGGAGAGCUUCAUGGGGCUGAUCCAGACAGUGACAGGCUAUGUGAGGAUCCGACACUCCCACACGCUAGGCUCGCUCUCCUUCCUCAAGAGCCUGCGCUACAUCAACGGGGAGGAGCUCAUGGAAGGGAUGUAUGCUUUUUCUGCCAUUGACAACCAGCGCCUGCAGUACCUGUGGGACUGGACCCAACAUAACCUGACCAUCAGGGCUGGGAGGCUGUCCUUCCGCUUCAACCCCAAACUGUGCAUGUCUGAGAUCCACAAUAUGUGGGAGAAGACGGACAUCACUGAGAAGUUUGAGGAGGGCGAUUUCCGCAACAAUGGAGACAGAGCAAGCUGUGAGAGUCAUAUCCUGAAGUUCAAGUCCAAUAGCACGAUGAGUAACCGGAUCAAGCUGACUUGGGAGCGCUACCGACCACCAGACUACAGAGACCUCAUCAGCUUCAUCGUCUACUACAAGGAAGCACCGCACCAGAACAUCACAGAGUUUGACGGCCAGGACGGUUGUGGCUCCAACAGUUGGAACAUGGUGGAUGUAGACCUACCGCAAGACAAAGAGAUAGACCCUGGUGUGCUGCUGUCCCCCCUCAAGCCCUGGACCCAGUACGCCAUCUACGUCAAGGCCAUCACUCUGGUGGUAGAGGACAGACACAUCCUGGGAGCCAAGAGUGACGUGGUCUAUAUACGCACCAGCCCCUCAGAGCCGUCUAUGCCAAUGGAUACCCGGGCGUAUUCCAACUCGUCCUCCAAGCUGGUGGUGAAAUGGUCGCCUCCCCUCAACCCUAACGGCAAUCUCACUUUUUACCUGAUCCGCUGGCAGCAGCAAGCUGAAGACAAGGAGCUGUACCAACACAACUACUGCUCCAAAGAGCUGAAGAUCCCCAUUAGAAUCUCAGCCACGGGGUUGGCAGACAUGGAGGAGGACACCAAGCCCACCAAGCCUGACCUGUCUGGGGGGGACAAGGGCCCCUGCUGCCCCUGCCCCAAGACCAAGGAGGACCUGAAGGCAGAGAUAGACGACGCCUCCUACCGCAAAGUCUUUGAGAACUUCCUGCACAACUCCAUCUUCACCCCCAGGCCCCCAGACCGGCGGCGUAGGGAUCUAUUUGGGGUGGCUAACAGCACCUUGGCGCGGGGUGGCAACACCACAGGCCUGGAGGGUAAUGGGACAGACGGAGAAUCCCCCGAGAGGGAGUUCCCCUUCAUGGAGGACCGGAGCAAGACAGAGUUUAUAGAGAUCGCCAACCUACAGCCCUUCACUGUCUACCGCAUCGACAUCCACGCCUGUAACCAGGAGGUCCGCCGCUGCAGUGCUGGAGCCUUCGUGUUUUCCAGGACCAAACCUGCAGACAAAGCGGAUGACAUGCCAGGCACGGUGAAUCAGGAGAGGGAUGAGAAGGUGGAGGGGUCGGUGCUGCUGAGGUGGCCGGAGCCUGUCAACCCCAACGGUCUCAUCCUGAUGUAUGAGAUUAAGUUUCGCCAAGGCACCGAGCCUGAGAAACAUGAGUGUGUGUCACGCCAGCACUACAGAGUGCACAAAGGAGCUCGUCUGACCAACCUAGGCUCUGGGAACUACUCUGCCCGCGUGCGUGCCACCUCCCUGGCAGGAAACGGGUCCUGGACUGAGCCAGUGUCCUUCUACGUGACCCCACGCACACGGGACUACGACAUCACGUUCUAUCUGGUCAUCAUCAUCCCCAUCAUAGUGAUAAUCCUUAUUGCCAGCCUCAUCACUGCACUCUUUUUUAUCAACAAAAAAAGGAACAGUGACAGGCUGGGGAAUGGUGUCCUCUAUGCUUCUGUCAACCCUGAGUACUUCAGUGCUGCUGAGAUGUAUGUUCCAGAUGAGUGGGAGGUGGCCAGGGAAAAGAUCACCAUGCACAAGGAGUUGGGCCAGGGUUCCUUUGGCAUGGUGUACGAGGGCCUCGCUAAGGGCGUGGUUAAAGACGACCCAGAGACGCGCGUGGCCAUCAAGACGGUCAACGAGUCAGCCAGCAUGAGGGAGAGGAUAGAGUUCCUCAAUGAGGCUUCCGUCAUGAAGGAGUUCAACUGUUACCACGUGGUGCGUCUGCUGGGCGUGGUCUCUCAGGGACAGCCCACCUUGGUGAUAAUGGAGCUGAUGACCCGUGGAGACCUGAAGAGUCACCUGCGCUCUCUCCGUAAAGAGAACACGUCCAGCCAGGUUCUGCCCCCGCUGAAGAAGAUGAUCCAGAUGGCAGGGGAGAUUGCGGACGGCAUGGCAUACCUCAACGCCAACAAGUUCGUCCACAGAGACCUGGCUGCCAGGAACUGCAUGGUGGCGGAGGACUUCACCGUCAAGAUCGGAGACUUUGGCAUGACGCGAGACAUCUACGAGACGGAUUACUAUCGGAAAGGAGGGAAGGGCCUUCUGCCAGUCCGCUGGAUGUCCCCAGAGUCGCUGAAAGACGGAGUGUUCACCACAAACUCUGAUGUCUGGUCAUUUGGGGUGGUGCUGUGGGAGAUUUCUACCUUGUCUGAGCAGCCGUAUCAGGGCAUGUCCAACGAGCAGGUGCUGCGUUUCGUCAUGGAGGGAGGACUCCUGGACAAGCCUGACAACUGUCCUGACAUGCUGUUUGAGCUGAUGCGGAUGUGCUGGCAGUACAACCCCAAGAUGCGUCCCUCCUUCCUGGAGAUCAUCAACAGCCUCAAGGAGGAGCUGGAGCCUCCGUUCAGUGAGAUGAGCUUCUUCUUCAGCGAGGAGAACAAGCCCCCGGACACUGAGGAGCUGGACAUGGAGGUGGAGAACAUGAAGAACGUGCCACUGGACCCUGCACCCAGCAGACCCCCCACUGCUGUUCCUCUGCCCUCCCAGGGACCCAUGGGGGCCACAGGGGGCUCAGCGCCCCCUCCUCCCCAGCAGUUAUCCCCAAUGCAAUGCCCUUCUAAUACCCCGAAGGGACCUGGCUCUCCCUCCACCUCAGUCCCGGCUGCCUCUGUCUCGGCCUCCCCAGGCCUGGCCUUGGACAAGCACUCAGGACAGAUAUCGGCCAACGGGCCAGUGGUGGUGCUGCGGCCCAACUUUGAGGAUACACAAAACUACGCUCACAUGAACGGGGGGCGCAAGAAUGAGCGGGCGCUGCCACUGCCCCAGUCUUCAGCCUGCUGAUCCCCUCCUCCCCCCUCAGCCAGAUCACCCCACUCCUCCUCUUCUCACACAGGGUAACAUAAACUUCUCCCCUGCUUUAGUUAUGAUGGGGUGAUGGAUGAGUGAAUAACUGACACAUUAUACUACUCUACUGCAGUAGGAGUCUUUCAUUUUUAAAUAAUAUUAUCAAGAUUUAUUAUUGAAUACCAAGACUGAGAAACAGCACAGAAACCUGCUAAAGCGUUUGGAGUAUGGUGGCUCAGAACGAACAACAACACUGGGAAGCUCUAGGGUUUACUUCUUGUUUAGUAUUUGUUACUUUAAAAACAUCAUUAAAGAAGGACAUCAUCAAUAUUCCCUGACUGACAGGUAUUGUAAGUGAGAGACAAUAACUUAAAAAAAGAAUUUGAAGCAUAUCUGCUAGAAAAUCCAACAGACGAGCCCAUUUAGAUCAUUUCUGAGAGAAUAAUGUGUAUCUCUGAGUGUGUUUAUACUGCC